GGUGGCGCGGCGCGGAGUGGAGCGGCCGUUCGGAGACGGACGGGAGGCAGCGGGAGCUUCUGGGGCGACAUAAUCGGCCUGUCUUUUAUCAUUAAGGGACCAUGAUGAAAGCAGCGCGGAUCCAGACACCCAGAAGACCAGUAAAGAAACCAUCAAAUAACCUCAAAGACCCAGUUGGUGUUUAUUGUCGAGUCAGACCACUGACCACAGAAGAUACAGAAUGUUGUGUUGAACAUAUCAGUAAUACCACGAUACAGCUUCAUCCUCCUGAUGGGAUUAAAGUCAACAGGAAUGGCGAAUUCAAAGAGAUGCAAUGCUCUUUUAAAGAAGUGUUUGGUGCCUUUACAACCCAGAAGGAACUAUUCAAUGUUGUUGCACGACCCCUUGUGGAAGAUCUGAUUCAUGGCAAAAAUGGUUUGCUGUUUACUUACGGUGUUACUGGAAGUGGGAAAACUCACACAAUGACUGGAUCUCCUGGAGAUGGAGGCCUUCUGCCACGUUGCUUGGACAUGAUUUUUUGUAGCAUUGGACCAUUCCAAGCAAAGCGAUAUGUUUUCAAGCCAGAUGAUAAGAAUGCAAUGGAGGUGCAGGGUGAUGUUGAUGCACUGUUGGAGCGUCAGAAAAGAGAUGCCCAGAUUUCUAUAAUUCCAAAGAUCCUGUCCUCCAGGCACAGAAUGGAUCCAGAGUUUGCAGAUAUGAUCACUGUCCCUGAGCACUGCAAAGCUGAGGGAGUCGAUGAGGACAGCGUUUAUAGUCUAUUUGUUUCUUAUAUUGAAAUCUACAACAAUUAUCUUUAUGAUCUUCUUGAAGAAAUGCCACCAGAUCCUAUUAAACCAAAGUGGAACAGUAACAGCACUCCUGUGCGGAACGUUGAGUUCAUACCUCCACAAUCUAAAAUUCUUCGAGAAGAUUCUAAUCAUAACAUGUAUGUCGCUGGUUGCACUGAGGUGGAGGUGAAGUCAACGGAAGAAGCCUUUGAAGUCUUUUGGAAAGGCCAGAAGAAGCGACGUAUUGCUAACACCACAUUAAAUCGAGAAUCGAGCCGUUCACAUAGUGUUUUUAUUAUCAAGCUGGCUCAGGCUCCAUUAGAUGCUGAUGGGGACAAUGUCCUUCAGGCCAAGGAUCAGACAAUAGUGAGCCAACUGUCCCUGGUGGACUUGGCAGGAAGCGAGAGAACUAACAGGACAAAAGCUGAAGGUAGCAGGUUGCGAGAGGCAGGUAACAUUAAUCAAUCGUUGAUGACAUUAAGAACAUGUAUUGAAGUGCUAAGAGAAAACCAAAUGUAUGGGACAAAUAAGAUGGUUCCAUACAGAGAUUCAAAGCUUACUCACCUUUUUAAAAACUAUUUUGAUGGUGAGGGAAAGGUUCGGAUGAUUGUGUGCAUCAAUCCCAAAGCAGAUGACUAUGAGGAAACCCUGCUGGUUAUGAGGUUUGCUGAAAUGACUCAAGAAGUAGAGGUAGCCAGACCCGUAGAUAAACCGAUCUGUGGCCUCACUCCAGGCCGUAGAUACAGGAAUCAGGCUUUCAAGGAAGAAUUGACAAGGAAGCUGGAACUACGAGGUGGCCCCAUUAAUGGAGAAGAUCCAUCCAUUGCAGAAGCUCUUCUGCAAGGUUUUGUACCAUUGCCUUCAGUUGAGAUAACGGAUGCCAAUGAUGAACAAACUUUGCCACAUCUUAUAGAGUGUUUGGAACAACGGAAUAAAAUACGCCACCAGGCAACUGAGGAGAUGAAGAAAACUGUAAACACUAUCAAAGGGAUCCUUCAUGAUUGGAGCAGUAAGUUCACAGCAAAGGAGAACUACAUACAGGAUCAACAAGAACAACUGCUGGAAAAGGACCGGUUUAUAAUUGGGCAGAAAACUGAGACUGAACGGCUGGAGAAGAAAAUCAAAACCUUGGAAUAUAAGAUUGAGAUAUUGCAAAAAACAGCAAAUAUCUACGAAGAGGACAAGCGGACCUUGCAACAAGAGUUGGAUGAGAGAGACCAAAAGCUGCACCGAGAACUGUCGGACAAACGACGCUUAGAGCAGAGAAUGCACGGAGUGAUGACUGAUACAAAGAUGAAAUGGGAGAAAGAAUGUGAACGUCGUGUUCAAGCGAAGCAACUUGAGAUGCAAAAUAAGCUUUGGGUGAAAGAUGAAAAACUUAAACAACUAAAAGCAAUUGUUGCAGAGGCAAGGCCAGAAAGGCCUGAGAAACCAGAGAGGCCACCAAGGGAAAAAGAGAAGAAAGUACAUGUACGAUCAGCAUCUCCACCUUCAGUUCCUUUUCCUGGUAACACUGUAGCAUCCCUACCCAUUAGCCAGCACUGCCCAGUACCUGGGCCACAACUGCAUAGGCGCUCUAACUCCUGCAGCACCAUCUCUGUGGCCUCUUGCAUCUCCGAAUGGGAGCAGAAAACUCCAGAAUGGAACAAAAAUGGUAGCGCAUUGCCUAAGAAUAAGCAUAGACUGCUGGAGACUCCACAAGUUAGGGACUCCAAUUUCCGAGAGAGAAGGCAGGGAGUGAACAAGUUGGGCGGCUGCAAAAUCGACGGCUGUAGAAGAGAAGUCGGAGUAGACCAGGAUGGACCCCAGCGGAAUGCACCACCUGUUCGCCUACUCCACAGACGGUCACGCUCAGCGGGUGGGGAACGAUGGGUAGACCAUAAGCCAGUUGGUAGCGUGGAAACAGACACUGUCCUACAGCCACACAUUCCCAAUGCCAUCACAGUGGCAGUGCCAAAUGAAAAAGCUCUGGCUAAGUGUGACAAGUACAUUUUGACACACCAGGAGCUUGCAUCGGAUGGGGAGAUUGAGACCAAGCUUAUCAAGGGAGAAGUAUACAAGACUCGGGGUGGUGGGCAAGCUGUCCAGUUCACAGACAUUGAAAAACUAAAACAAGAGCCACCCACUAGUACAAGAAAACGUAGAUCAUCGCAAUCAGCACCCCCACAACAAGAGGAGACUACAGAAUCUGAAUGGACAGAUGUGGAGACUAGGUGUUCUGUUGCUGUAGAAAUGAGGGCGGGAAGCAACCUUGGACCUGGAUAUCAGCAUCAUGCUCAGCCAAAGCGCAGAAAACCAUAAAACGCCAAGUACGGUGUUCAAACUCCCUUCAAAGGAAUAAUCUUCAGCAAUAUUGGACAGUUACUAAAACUCUGCAGGGUAGAUGAUGCUAUGCAAAAUUAAGGAUGAACAUGAUAUCAACGAUGCUGUAAACCUUUUGAAUUGGGGCAAUAGUACUUCUGUAAUUAGCUGGCUUGUUAUGUAUAUAUUUGAUAUUCACGUGCCUUUUCAUUAUACCCUGCAGAUUAUGUAUUUUACAGUAAGAGCAUCUUUUACAUAUGGAUACGAAUUUAUACCUUUCCCAUGUAGAUUAAUCAUGAUCUUUUGUUUUGCGAUUUUUGUUGAACAAAUGGUCAGUAUCACUGAUGGAAAGAACUUGCGUUCAUAGAUUGGCUGUAGUUUUCAUAAGAGCAUUUCGGAAAUCCUACUUUUAAACUGCAGCAUCCUAUUUGUGACCCUUCCGCUAGUUGUCUUUUUAAAGAAAAUAGGAUAAUGCCUGCCAUAUGUAGUUUAAAAAAAAAGCAAUGUACGUUGAUCACCAAGCUGUGGCUAAACCCUGGCAAUACAUGUUUUGAGCUGCUGCUACUCAGUUGACACGAUGCACUUUAGAACAAAUCUGUUUUUCGUAUGUGUAUAUGCAUGUCAUCACGGCAACACCUUCUGUACUCUUGUACCAUAUGCUUUUCAUAAGACAUAAUUAUCACAAAAUUACUUUUGACUAUAUGUCCUAAAUAGUUAAACUAAUAAUAGACUUUUGCUUCAUAUGUUUUCAUCUGAAAUAAUCCAUAUGUAAGUGAUUUGUAUUUUCUAGCAUCUAAAAUGAAUAGUCUAUUCAUUUUAAUUAAAUCGUUCAUAAAUAAUACGUGGCAUUUUGUGUGCAUCCCUCUUUCUUUCUUUCUUUCUUUCUCUCUCUGUCUGUCUGUGUGUCUCUCUCUCUCCCAAAUCAAGGUGGGCAGAAUGGAAAAUGUCUGCUGUUUGAAGAUUUUAUUUUAAGGGAGAGUUGCAGCUGUUUAGACUUGUGGUUUGCUCUGUGAAUGGUUGAAAAGUUACUUGUGCUGCACCGCAUGCUUCCUGGUCUUGGUGCAGGAAAGUAGUGUGGUAAUAACCAAAACCUUACAUUUCAAGAAGCAGUUUUUGUUUUACAGAUUGUUAUAAUGCCUAACUGCACCAGCGCCAACAGAAUACAUACAACGUCAGGUUAUAUGCAACCCUAAGUUUGCAAUCUGCCAUUUGUUAAAUCAGCAUUGGAUGUUGAAAUACUUGAUUUAAAUAUAAUAUAUAUAUCUU